UGUUCCUGGAAUGCAAGUUACUGGUGGCGCGUUGUGAAAGGCAAUUUGACGACCGGAAUUUACAGAGUGCCUGCAGACGAAGUUUCAAGACCGAAGCGACGAUGAAAGACAGGGAGAGGCCGUUUUAUAAAAUUUUCCACGGCCACCGUAUUCCCGGAGCCUUUUCAGAGGAGGUGCUCGGAGGAUUUCUACGCUACCAGCCGGCCGACGACGACAUAUUCAUCGUGACAUUCCCGAAAUGUGGCACCCACUGGGCACACAUGAUGCUCUCCAAGACCCUGCAGGUCUGCCGAGGCCUGCCCCCGAGACCGUUCAUCCUCGCCGAGCGAGAGGGUGUGAACGCCAUCUUAGCAGCGCCCAGACCCCGAAUCAUCUGCGCGCACCUCCCUUUUCAUCUGACACCUCGAAAUGAGCGAACCAAGUACGUGUACGUGGCUAGAAACCCGAAAGACUGUUGCGUUUCGUUUUUCCACCACACGAAGUCACUUUCCAGCUACGGGUUCGCGGACGGCUACUUCGAAGAGUACUUCGAAAUAUUUCUCGAGGGCCAGACAGACUUCGGCAAUUACUACGAGAACUUGAAGUCCUGGUACGCUCACAAAGACGACCCGAACGUAUUGUUCAUGACGUACGAGUCUAUGAAAUUCGACACUAGAGGUUCGGUCAUCAAGUUGGCCAGGUUUGUGGAUGAGCAGCUUGCCGUUGCGCUGGAAGAAGACAACGACAAGAUGAAGUCUGUGUUGGAAGCGUGCAGCGUGGAAAGCAUGAGGAAAGUAGUUCAGGGACCCUUUAUCAGGAGAGGCGUGGUAGGCGACUGGAAGAACCUCAUCACUCAAGAACAGUCAGAAAGGCUGGAAAAGAGAUUCAUGCAAGAAAUGAAGGGAACGGACAUACCUGACCUCUGGAAAGACGUCGACUGGAAACUUCACGGACCGAAUGACGCUUGAUGGAUUUAGCGGAUGUUUUUUUUUUUAAAAACGGCAUAUUGGAAGACGGUCACAGUGAAAAAGAGAAUUUCGUCGUAAGGAACUGGCGUUUCAGAACGAUUCAUGUAAACAAGCCGCUCUGUUGCAGGUUGUGCUACAUUAUGUGUGACAUGUGACUUUUUUAUCUUAUUUAGAAUGCUUGACGGGCGAAAUACUGCAAGUAAUUAAUACUCAUUUUUCGUGCCAACACACAAGCAAGAAAUGCUUUUUAUGGUGUUGGGUUAACGUAAAUAUGUACACAUUUCUAUACUCAUCUUUAUACCAACACACAAGGAUGAAAUGGUUUGUAUGGUGUUGUUGGGUAACGUAAAUAUAUAUGUGUUUCUAUUUUCGCUGGCUUUUUCGUUAUAUACCAACACACAAGCACGAAAUGAUUUUUAUGCUGUUGUUGGGUAACCUAAAUAUGUAUGGGUUUCUAUUUUCGCUGGCUUCUUGGUUAGAUACAGCAAAUACUCUACGACACUUGUUCAGUCUAGUAUAUACGUAUAUCCCAGUUUUUAAUAUGUAUAUUCAGUUAAUAAAUUUGACUGUCAUACACUAGUGGAAA